GUAACCUACCAUUGCCGACGGUGAGGAUAGUUGGAGCCCUGGAGGUUACUUGGAGGGCAUACAUCGGGCCAGGCUCAUAUACUACCACAGAGGUGGCGCUCUCGCAACCAUCGCAUAACUUAAGGCAUUUGGUGCAGGUCAACAUUGCGACACUACCGUUCAAGACCCUUCCUGCGUGCCAUGCCCCUCCUCUCAACACCCCGCUGAGGUCGCGCCUCUUCCACACAUCUUCUUCAAAAGCCUCAGGGUGCGCCCAGCUUACAUCUACUUGCCUUCGCCGUGGUCUUUCCUCCACUCUGUUGAGGCCGCGUCUCUUGUCAUCAUCGUCUGUCCUCAAUGCCUCGGACCAUCGCGCUCCCACCGCCAAACGUGGCAAGAGCGACGUCGAACGCCUAUGCGACUCAAUGACGCGCAAGCUAGCGGACGGCAAUUCCUCUGCGGCCGCCUCCAUCAUCUAUCACGCCCUCGAUCGCUCGACGCUGGAUAAUCCCUCUCGCUUCAACUUGUAUGAGCAGUCCGCCGCGGCAUUCCUCCGUUAUGGCGAAGUGAUGAAGGCUGCUAUGCUGUACUCGCGCAUGACGCGCGAAGGUUACAUCCCCUCCGUCUCCCUGCGCGUUCAGAUGCACAUCGUCAAGCUUGCCGAGUUGUCGGUUGAGGAAGACGUCCUCUUCGACACUAUCUCCGGGGCUUUCACUCAAGAUUCUUUCGACGAGACUGCAUUGCGGGAUGUCCUCCGCAUGCUGGUGGAGGGGCUGCAGACAUCCCCGGCACUCAUCCGCAAGGUCGCCGUUAGAUUUCUAGAGACCCGCGUGCCCGACUACGCUUUCUCUGCGGACACAAACACCUACAUCAUCCGCGCGCUGCAUAACGGCGGAGACCCCGAAGGUGCGAAGGACUGGGCCGAACAGACCUCUGCAGCACCGGCACCCUCUGCUGUCGUACAAAAAUCGCCCGCUUCCCCCUACACCACCCUCCUCCGUGAUAUGGCCGCAUCCCAGCCCUCCUUCGAAGUCUACAAAUGGACGCUCGAACGCAUGCGCGUGGAGAACAUCAAGCCCGACCUGGCCUUCUGCAACGCGCUCCUCGCGUACGAAGUCGGCCGGCGCAACUACGAGGUCGCCUUCGCGAUCUACCGCAUGCUCAUGCAGAAGCGCACUGCAGACGUUGGACCUUCCGCGCACACCUUCUCGACCAUCUUCCGCGUUCUCCACCGCCUUUCCUGCUCGCACCGCUACCGACGCACGAACCGGAUUCGCGUGCCCCCCAACGCGCUCUCCGCCCGCGCCGUAUACCUUGAUCUCCUCACCCGUCAUCUCGAACACAUCCGGCAGAAUCCUAACCGGCCCUCCCCCGCACUCGACCCAGUCGUGCUGCACAAAGCGCUGCGCACCCUGCUCGCACAGCGCGACUACGCCGGCGCCCUCGUCGCCCUCCGCGCGUUCAAGCUCUUUCCCGCGGCCGUCCGCGCCCCAACCCUCGCGACGUACCACCUCGUCCUCGGGGGCAUCCUCGGCCGUAUCCGCGUACAAUUCCCGGGGCUCGCCGCGCGCGUCGCGUCUGCGCUCUCCCCCGAGUCCGUCUGGACGUUCCGCUUCCUCGGCAUGCACAAGCUCCCCGUGCACCAGCAGAAGGAGCUUGAGCUCGACCUCGGCAUCGUGCACCGUGUGCUGCUUGUUGGGGCGGACCCGCGUGUCAGCCUCGAUUUCGUCGACGCGCCGAGCUAUGCGAAGCCCGCGCCGCGGUCGGAGCUGGAGAUGUACGGACUGGUCGAGGAGGAUGAGGAGGACGCGCAGCGACGUGUCGCGCGCAUCUCUGACCCGGCGCACUUCCACCCUCACGGCAUGCCAUCCCCGGUCGAGCUGACGGGGAUCGUGUCUGUACCGGAGAAUCGGACGUACGAGGUGGUGCCGCUGGAGCGCGUACUGAGGAGGGCUAUCGCGGCUUCUCUCCCUCUGGGGAACGACGUUCUCGCAAGGCAGGUGUCAGACGCCAUCGUGGAGGCCAAGAAGGAAAUGAUUCCGGAGUCCCAUUGGAAUGACUCGGCGUUCAGCUUCGAGUCCUAGUGCUCGUAUCCCCCUCCGCUCAGCUGAUAACCUGUUGUAUAACAUAGCAUUCCGAUUAGACGUACAGAACGACUACAACAAUAAUGUGACAAUGAAGGUAUACUCUACAGCAUGUCUGCGCGAAAGCGAGAUAUCAUACUUUACAUUGGGUAUACAAAUCGAAUCCAGGUCUGACGCGCGCUUCUCACCCGCGUCUCUGCUGCACUUGUACUUCCUCCGGCGGCCUCAGCGACCCCAUCACCGGCUCGACGUCGUCGUCCUCAUCGUCGGCGUGCAGCUGUCCUCUCACAUCCCCCACCCCCGACGCAGACCGCGCGCCCGAACCCGUCCCCACCCCAGCGGCCCCGCCACCCUGCGCAGGCAGCGCCGCCAUGAUCAUCGGCAGCGGCAUCCCAAUCACAUUCAUCAUCCUCUCCUGCGCCCCAUCCUCGCCCUCCUCCUCGCCCGCCUUCCCCCUCCCCUUCCGCGCCCUCCUCUUCCCCUCCUCCCUCCCCUCCACAUGCCUCGCAAACUCGCCCCAGCACGCCCUCGGGUCCCUUCCCAUCUCCUCAUACUCCGCACGAACGGCCGCGCCCGCGCUGCGCCACAGCGCGCGGUGGCGGCAGAACGUGGACUUGACGUAUGCGACCCCAAACGCGCGCCGGAAGACCUCGUCCUGCUUGAGCGCGGGCUCGGACGCGGCGAGGCGCUCCAUGUGGCGCAGGCCUGCGGCUAUCUCGUACACGAAGAAGUCGUUUGGCCAUUUGCGCGGGACGCCCGGGCCUUGGGGUUGGGGGAGGGCGGCGAGUGGGGGCAGGAGGAGCGCGGUGGCGAGCGAGGAGGGCGUGCGGGGUACCGGUACCGGAAGGUCCUCAGGAGCUUGUACGGGGCGUUCUGAGGUGGACGACAUCCUUGUGGAGGCCAUGCUGGUGGACGGUGAAAUGUCGUGGAUGGAGAUCUCCACAUUCUUGCUGGGAGACCGGGUUGGUGGCGCGUGAAGGGGAGGGCGUUGGGGACUGGCCAAAGUGACUGGCAGUGGCAGUGUCCCUAGUUGAGUGCUCUGUGGGGAGUUGUGACUCGUAGAAGGCAGCGACGAGUUGACGUCGAAGGCCGCACUUUCCAAGUUCGUCUGCUGAGGUAGGAUGUGACCGCUGUUAGCCGGCGGGCUUGCUGGGGUGUAUGGUGAGGCGGUGGGUUGCCUCAUGGAAGCCGAUCUAUGGUAUUUGCCCACAGGCGGGCUCAAAGGCUGGUCGGCCGGCCUCUUCAAGUUCCGUGGAGCGCUUGAACGGGAAGCGCUAGGCUGCAUCGACAACUCCUCCUGAAGCCUGAUCUCGACUUCCAGCUCAGGGCAUUCCUCGUCCCGCAGCGGCUCGAAGAGACUGUGCCGUACACGAUAUAGAAGCCGCUCCUCGGCCUCUACCCUGCGCACGAAGGAGACCUGUUGUUGUUCCCAUGCGCUGGUCCGUACAUUGUACCAGUCAAGGUACGUCCUGUCAGAGAGAUGUAGAGGUUCCACAAUUUCGGUGAAGAUGCUGAAUGAGAAGAACGGGAACGCAUGUAUUUCCCGGUGAAGCCGGAGCGGCUGGGCGUUAGGCUGGUACCAAAAAACCACCAUUAUGUUCCUGUUCACGGACUGAAGGAGGGCGAUCUGCUUGUCAUCGCGGUCAUAUUCCCAUUGAGUGGACUUCGGCGUGCCGUACCCGCCCGCCGGACCUUCCGAUGCUCGGCGAUAAUGUGAUGGCUGGUAAGACUGCGGAGAGUCGAGCACAGUAGCUGAUGUCGAUAAUGGUGAGGCUAUAGAUGGAGAUGGGGGGGCGAGAGGUAUAGAGAAACUUUGACCAGGCCCGGUAGGGAUGUGGGUCAUGUCCGACGUCCACUCGGGACGAUCCAGGCGAUCCAGAGGCGUGUGUCGGUAGUCGAGCCCGUUAGCUAAGGUAUGAGAUCACUACCAGUGACAGAAUUAGUCGUUGUGAU